GUUGGAGGUUUCGGGUGUGACGUGACGUUGUGCACGCAAACGCAACAGUAAACACAGCCUCCAUCAUCACCGACGUCGAUGGCGCACGAGGGGAAAAUCGACUGUAUACCAGGGGCGACACGAAAGUCGGGAAGGCGUUCAUGACAAAAACACUCGUGUCGCCAGUCUGGUGAGGCUCCCCUGUGUAACGUGCGCAACAAGGCCGCGAAUCAAACCGCGGUGCUGCGCUAAAACUGCCGAAACUGCUAAUGCGCGAACCCAUCCAUCCAUUUUCUGAGCCGCUUUGGGUCGCGGGAGUGCUGGAGCCAACCCACCAGCAGCCAAACAGGCAAAACACGCAACAGUAACAAUAGCCGCUAGGUGGAAUGGCUUUUCGUAGGAGCUGGUUCAGUUGGGACAGGCAGAGGAGGGAGUUGGACCUCUUUACCACCGACAGCCUGGCCCAGACCAACAGUCUCUCCCAGGCCAUCCGGGCCGCCGCCUCCGAGGAGCCGGACGACGUUGUGCGUCUCGGCCACAUGCAGGGCACCGUAGUGGGCCUCAGAUAUUACAGCGGGGUGGUGAACCAAGGCGAAAUGGUCAGUCUCGUCCGAGAGCCUCAGAACGUGUUUGAUCGCAACGCCAUCAUGGUGGCCAACGUCAACGGCAGCCAGGUCGGCCACAUCAAGAGGGAGCUGGCGGCGGCCAUGGCGCACGUCAUGGACAACGACCUGGCUGUAGUAGAAGGGGUGGUGCACUCCGGGACAAAGAACAAAUUCUCCAUGCCUGUGAUUUUGUCCUUUUGGGCGCCCGUCGGGAACAAGGACGCGGUCAUUAAGUGUUUGGCAUGCCACGGGUACAAACUCAACACAGAUCAGAGUCUGUACGGCUCUGGUGGGACGGCAUCAAAUACAAGAGGAACGACCAUUCCCCUCACGGCAGAGGAGUUGAGGAAUGCCUUCGACAACCUCUUCGAAGGCCUGCUGGAGAGUAAGGAUGGGGAAAAGGAAGCAGCUGAGUCCGUGGCCACCCCCCUGCUGCCACACCAGCGGCAGGCGCUGUCGUGGAUGUGCGCGCGUGAAAACAAGUGUCUGCUGCCGCCCUUCUGGGAGAAGCGCGGCGAUCACUACUACAACACCCUGACGUGUUUCUCGGCCAAAGAACUACCUGAGAGGGUCCUCGGCGGGAUACUGGCGGACGACAUGGGACUGGGGAAAACGCUGACGACCAUUGCGCUCAUCCUCACCAACUUCCACCAGGGGAAGCCCUUACCCGUGUACAGACGCGAACACUCUUCGUCUCUAAAAGCCAACAGAGCCGGACCGAGCGGCGGCCCAGCUCACGGUUUGCGCUCAGGCUCGGCCCAAUUGGUGCAAUCGUGUGUUCCCACAGCAACCAUAAAGGACACAGAAAAGCUGCCAGAGAAAGGCAAAAGGACAACAAAAACCACCAAGCGAAAAAACGAGACGCCGCUGUUGCUGGAGGAUGCGGACUUUGCCUCGGCUCUGUGCAGAGGCCCGGCGUCGCCGCCAAAUUUGUUCAAGAAAAAGAAAAAGAAGAGGGCGACCGGCUCCACCCUGACUGCCGAUUACUACACCGCAAAGAGCCCACACGAGGCUUUAUCGGCAGGGGCGACUCUCAUUGUGUGCCCGCUGUCGGUUCUCAGCAAUUGGCUGGACCAGUUUGAGGAGCAUGUGCGAGCUGACGUCAAGCUCAACGUGUACAUGUACCACGGGCCCGACCGUAACAAAAGCACCAAGUUCCUCACAUCUCAAGACGUGGUGCUCACCACCUACAACGUGCUGGCUUCUGACUUUACAAGUAACAUAAGGAGUCCUCUGCACGAGAUCAACUGGUUGAGGGUGGUGCUGGACGAGGGCCACGUGGUGCGGAACCCCAACACGCAGAUGAGCAAGGCCGUGCUGGACCUCAGAGCAGAGCGACGCUGGAUUCUGUCGGCUGUUCUUUGCCAAGUAUUCUUUGACUUGCUAGACAGACCACUGCAGUCAGGAUUAGUCCACCGUGGCGCAGGCACGCCCAUCCAGAACAGCGUGAAGGACUUGUGGAUGCUUCUGGCCUUCUUGCGUCUAAAGCCGUUCGACGAGAGGGAGUGGUGGCAUCGAGUCAUCCAGAGGCCCGUGAUGCAAGGAGACAGAGCUGGCCUGCAGAACCUCCAGACUUUGAUCAAGUGCAUCACGCUGCGGCGCACCAAGAGCAGCGAGGUCGACGGUCUCCCGUUGGUCACGCUGCCCGAGAAGAGCGUCUGCGUGGAGCAGGUGGAGCUCAGCGCCGCCGAGCGCGAGGAGUACGAGCUGGCGCGCGAAGAGGGAAGACACACCAUCGGGAGAUAUGUCGCCGAAGGCACAGUUUUGAGGAAUUACGCAGACGUCCUGUCCAUCCUGAUGAGACUGCGGCAGUACUGCUGCCACCCUGACCUGCUGGCGAGCAACACCGGAGAUGCAGGCUUGGCCACGACGCCGGCCGAGCUGCGCGAGCGCCUCGUGGAGAAGCUGCGCGUGGUUCUGGCCAGCGGCUCGGACGAGGAGUGCUCCGUGUGUCUGGACUCGGUACGGCUGCCCGUCAUCACGCACUGCGCCCACGUCUACUGCCGUCCCUGCAUCGCACGGGUCAUCGGCAACGAGCAGGAGAGUGCCCGGUGCCCUCUCUGUCGGAGCGACAUCAAGAUCAGCGAGCUGGUGGAGUUCCCGCAAGAGGAGAUUGGCCAAGAGCACGAAGUAAGAAGUCCCGGCAAGUUGAGGAGCAGCUCCAAGAUCCAAGCGCUGAUCGGCAACCUGCUACGUCUGCGGCGCGAAGACGGCGGCGCCAAGUGUCUGGUGGUCUCGCAGUUCACUCGCUUCCUCACCAUCCUCGAGACGCCGCUCAGGGAGCACGGCUUCAGCUUCGUGCGACUGGACGGCACCAUGAGCCAAAAGAAGCGAACCCAGGUCAUCCAAGAGUUCCAGAGCAUGGCCCCCAGCAGCCCCACCAUCAUGCUGCUGUCGCUCAGAGCCGGCGGCGUUGGGCUCAACUUCACCGCCGCUUCCCACGUCUUCCUCAUGGACCCUGCUUGGAACCCAGCCACAGAGGAGCAGUGCAUCGACCGCUGCCACCGUCUCGGUCAAAAGAGGAAAGUCUUUGUCACCAAGUUCAUCGUGAAGGACUCUGUGGAGGAGAACAUGGUGAAGAUCCAAAAGCGGAAGCAGGCGCUAACGGACAUGGCGUUCGGCAGCGACCGCAAGAUGUCGCGCAUCAACGACAUCAAGGCGCUCAUGGAGUUGUAGAAGUUGGACAACCUGUUAGCCAUUUCAAACUUAAUUUCAUUUAUUAUGUUAAGAUCAAGAUGCCUCACACUUUGCUCAUUAAGGGGUGGGGGAAAACCAAUUGUUACAAAUUUUUUAAAAGAAGCCACAAAUUGUCGAAAUAUUUCCAUCAAUCUUGAACUGAAAGUUGAUUUUGGGCCAACUCCCUUGCAAGUCUUCAGCAGGUAAAAUGCAUUCUCUCUUGGGUUCACAUCUGAGAAAUUGGAAAAACUAAAAUCUUCCACCUCUUUUCGUUUUUUUGGAAAGUUUUUGUUUGACGGACUUUUGUUUAGCACAUAUGGCUCACAGUUCUGAGGUUCUGGGUUUGAAUCUGCUCGGGCUGUUGUGGGAGUUUGCAUUUUGCUUGUACAACUUUUUACGUAAAGUUUGUGAGUUUAAAGUGUCCCCGACUGCUUACUCUUGGAGAAAUAUUGUUCAAAACAUGAUUACAGCGGUAGUGAGCGGUAAUGGACCCCUGGUUUUUUUUUCAUGUU